AUGGAGUCCGAAUUCACCCCCAAGUUCGCGCCGUUCUUCGGAAUGGCCGGCAUUGCUUCCGCGAUGAUCUUCGGCUGCGUCGGCGCUGCAUACGGCACGGCGAAGUCCGGCAUAGGAAUCUCAGGAAUUGGCCUCUAUCGACCAGAUCUUAUCAUGAAGUCCCUCAUCCCCGUCGUCAUGUCCGGUAUCCUCGCCGUCUACGCUCUGGUCAUUGCGGUCCUGAUCGCCGGCGACAUCAGUCCCCCUCCUGGCCAACACUACAGCUUGUUCAGUGGGUUCAUGCAUCUCGCAGCCGGGUUGUCCGUCGGUCUGACGGGGCUCGGGGCGGGCUAUGCGAUUGGUAUUGUUGGAGAUACGGGCGUUCGAUCAUUCAUGCAGCAGUCGCGGCUCUACGUGGGCAUGGUUCUGAUUCUCAUCUUUGCCGAAGUCCUGGGUCUCUACGGACUCAUUGUCGGACUGAUGCUCAACACCCACAGCAGAGGAUGA